CGACAAUCUCCGCCACGCGCCUCCAUCACAGCUCUUGAACGCUGUCUGCCCUCUUCGAGACGUCUUAUCCCAACCGAUAUACUCGAAUCCUACAAUGGGUUGGUUUUGGGCAGACUCCGCGCCUGUUGCGCCGCAUCCAAUGCCUCGAGGGAACGCGGAGCCUCCUCCAUCAUGUCCAAUGCACAGAAAGUCACCGUCUCCUUCCUCACGACUUCCCGAGAGCGCAUCAACACCUCAAGGCGCCUGUCCUUAUGUUCCGCCCGAUACCCCCUCGCCCGCAUCCUCAUCCACACCUGUACCGCCCAAGAAGGGCCUCCUCUCCCGACUAAAUCCUCUAAAUAAUAUGCCGUUUGAUCUCUCAAACAAGCGCGCAGAGCAUCAAAUUCAAGAACUUCCCUUAUCGCGCGAGAGAUCUACGAUACCCAAAGGCGACGGCUCGCUCUGGGAAUACCCAUCGCCGCAGCAGAUGUACAACGCCAUGCUGCGGAAAGGCUACACCGAUACCCCCACCGACGCCAUCGAGUCAAUGGUCGCAGUGCACAAUUUCCUGAACGAGGGCGCGUGGGCAGAGAUCAUGGGCUGGGAGCGGCGCUUCUCACGCGGUCUAGCAGAGGGCUAUAAGGUCUGCGCCCGAGGCGAGGAGAACGCGAAUCAGGUGAUGGGAAUAGAAGAUCCAUUUGACACCACGACCUGGAAUGAGAGGGACAUCCCGCCGCCCAAGCUCCUCCGCUUCACAGGCCGACCUACCGAACCGACGCCCAAAUCUCAGAUUCUACAGUGGCUUGGCUGGGUAUUUCCGGCUAAGUUUGCGACUGCGCCGCCGUUCGAUCGGCAUGACUGGUUUGUACAGCGGUGUAGUGAGAAGGGCUGUGAGGAGGUGCGGUAUGUGAUUGAUUAUUAUGAGGGCGACCCGGAGCCGACAGGCGAGCCGGUGUUCUAUCUUGACGUGAGGCCGGCGGUUGAUGGUCCUAGGGGUGCGGCAGAGAGGAUGGUGAGAUGGGGUACGGAUGUUUGGUGGAGGGCGAGCGGUGGUGUGGUGAGGGAGGUACGGAAAGCUGAGGCGGCGAGGAAGAAGCAGGAAGAGGAGGCUGUUGCUAAGAGUCGGCAGUAUAACUGAUGGAAUCAAUGGCGGCAAAUCAAGAGCGGGAUAUUUGGGGGUACAUGCGAGGGAUACAAGGGUCAAGAAUCGCACGGCGUCAUGACGGUGUACGGGCUUGCUUGAGUGUAAGAUAUGGGAUUUCGGUCAGCUUCAUGGGCUUUUCCCUUUUAACCCAUUUGCCGCUUCUUAUUCCUUCUAUCCUCUUCCUUCGCUUUCAAGUCUCAUGUCUGUUCUAUCGAUAACGCCUCCACUCUUCUCGGC